AUGUCCUUUGGGAGAGAUAUGGAGCUGGAACACUUUGAUGAGCGUGACAAAGCACAGCGGUACAGCCGGGGGUCACGGGUGAAUGGGCUUCCUAGCCCGACUCAUAGUGCCCAUUGCAGUUUCUAUCGAACCCGCACCCUACAAACCCUCAGCUCUGAGAAGAAAGCCAAAAAAGUCAGUUUCUAUCGCAAUGGGGACCGAUAUUUCAAAGGGAUUGUAUAUGCCAUAUCUCCUGAUCGCUUUAGAUCUUAUGAAGCCUUGCUGGCUGACCUGACCCGAACUUUGUCUGAUAACGUCAAUCUGCCCCAGGGGGUGAGAACCAUCUACACUAUUGAUGGAGCAAAGAAGAUCACCACUUUAGACCAACUUGUGGAAGGAGAGAGCUAUGUGUGUGGUUCAAUAGAGCCUUUUAAGAAGCUGGAAUACACAAAGAAUGUAAAUCCUAAUUGGUCCGUCAAUGUUAAGACCACCUCAACUGCCCGUUCAGUGCCCUCUCUAGCCACGGCCAAAGGAAGUCCUUCAGAUUCAAAGGAGAACAAGGAUUUCAUUAGACCUAAACUGGUCACAAUCAUCAGGAGUGGUGUGAAGCCACGCAAAGCAGUUCGGAUUCUACUUAACAAAAAAACAGCACAUUCAUUUGAGCAGGUUCUCACUGAUAUUACUGAUGCCAUCAAACUUGAUUCAGGAGUAGUUAAGCGUCUCUACACACUGGAUGGGAAACAGGUGGUGUGCCUUCAGGAUUUUUUUGGUGAGGAUGACAUAUUUAUUGCAUGUGGCCCUGAAAAAUUUCGUUACCAGGAUGACUUCUUGCUAGAUGAAAGUGAAUGUCGUGUAGUGAAAUCUACUUCCUAUACCAAAAUAGCUUCAACACCACGUCGGAGCAUCACCAAGAGCCCAGGUCCAUCCCGACGCAGCAAAUCUCCAGCAUCCACCAGCUCAGGUGGUCUCAGGGAUGUUAAUGGAACGCCUGGAAGUCAGCUUUCUACUCCCCGUUCCGGGAAGUCUCCAAGCCCUUCUCCUACUAGCCCAGGAAGCUUGCGGAAACAGAGGAGCUCUCAGCACAGUGGUUCCUCUACCUCACUAGCCUCUACCAAAGUCUGCAGUUCGAUGGACGAAACCGAUGGGCCUGGUGAAGAAGUGUUGGAUGAAGGCUUCCAGGUUCCAGCCUCAAUAGCAGAGAGAUAUAAAGUUGGUCGGACUAUAGGAGAUGGAAAUUUUGCCAUUGUAAAAGAGUGUAUAGAAAGGUCAACUGGUAGAGAAUAUGCCCUGAAAAUCAUUAAGAAAAGUAAAUGCAGAGGAAAGGAACAUAUGAUUCAGAAUGAAGUUUCUAUUUUAAGACGGGUCAAACAUCCCAACAUUGUUCUCCUGAUUGAAGAAAUGGAUAUGCCCACUGAAUUGUAUCUUGUCAUGGAGCUUGUAAAAGGAGGAGAUCUUUUUGAUGCUAUUACCUCCACAAAUAAGUAUACAGAGAGGGAUGCCAGUGGGAUGCUGUACAAUCUGGCCAGUGCCAUCAAAUACCUUCAUACCUUGAACAUUGUUCACAGGGAUAUCAAACCUGAAAAUCUGCUGGUCUAUGAGCACCAAGAUGGAAGCAAGUCGCUGAAACUGGGAGAUUUUGGUCUGGCCACUAUAGUAGAUGGACCUCUUUACACAGUUUGUGGAACUCCUACCUAUGUGGCUCCAGAAAUCAUUGCAGAAACUGGAUAUGGCCUGAAGGUGGACAUCUGGGCAGCUGGUGUGAUUACUUACAUCCUGCUGUGUGGUUUUCCUCCAUUCCGUGGAAGUGGAGAAGAUCAGGAAGUUCUUUUUGAUCAGAUUUUGAUGGGACAAGUAGAGUUUCCAUCUCCGUAUUGGGAUAAUGUAUCUGACUCUGCAAAGGAACUAAUUACUAUGAUGCUUCAGGUAGAUAUAGAACAGCGAUUUUCAGCUUUGCAAGUGCUUGAGCAUCCAUGGGUUAAUGAUGAUGGCCUUCCGGAAACUGAGCAUCAGUUGUCAGUAGCUGGGAAGAUAAAGAAACAUUUCAACACAGGCCCUAAACCCAACAGCACAGCUGCUGGAGUUUCCGUUAUAGCAACCACCGCUCUUGAUAAGGAGAGGCAGGUUUUCCGACGAAGACGCAACCCGGAUGUGAGGGGACGUUUUAAGCCACAGCCACCACCUCCUGAACUCAACUCUGAAUCAGAAGACUAUUCACCAAGUUCAUCUGAGACUGUUCGCUCACCCAAUUCACCCUUUUAA